UGAUGGUGUCUAGUUGCUCUGUGGAAUGGAAUGUUCCCAUUGAGUAGUAGUAGUAGCACGAUAGUUUACGUUCACGCCUAUGGUAUGCGUAGUAUACGCCAAUGAUCCAUCUCAUGAACUCGAUAGACGUCAGAAUCAUCAGUGACAAGUCAAAGAUAAAAGUUGACCAAAGAUUCCUCGUGCAAUGAUCAAUGCCUCGUUGAAGAAUCGUUAAUAAAUGACUGAGUAAUCGUUCGCGUCAGCAAUGGCUGCAGGAGGUAGCAGUUUUAUAAGUAAACCAGCCAGAGGCUGGUUACAUCCAGAUCAUUUAGUAAGUAAGGAAGGAAUCACUUAUACAGUAAAGUACAUAGGAUGUCUAGAAGUAUAUACAUCUAUGAAAAGUUUGGAUUUUGAAACACGUUCGUGUGUAGCUAAGGAAUGUAUAAACAGAGUUUGUGAAGCUGCUGGAUUAAAAUCUGCUGAUAAAAAGAGAAGGGUUGAUAGAAAAGUGUUGAGAGCUAUAGCAGAUAAACCUCGUAUGGAACACACUGCUGCUAGUGUUAAUUUAACUAUUAGCAGUUGUAGUUUAUCCUUAACAAGUAUCGAAAAUGGACAUAUUAUUGCUAAACAUGAUAUGCCACGCAUAUCUUUUGCUUCAGGCGGUGAUACGGAAAUAUUGGAUUUUGUUGCAUAUGUUGCUAAAAAUAUGCAAGAAUGGCGUGCAUGUUAUGUGCUUGAAUGCGCAGGCGGUUUAGCACAGGAUGUUAUAUCCACUAUUGGACAAGCGUUUGAGCUUAGGUUCAAAGAGUUUCUCACAAAGCCAAGUUCUCUGCACCCUGUUCUAAAUGGAGUUCGAGAAGCUGAUAGAGAUUAUUACAAUGAUCUACCAGGCAAAGUACCACCUGACAUUGGCCCACCACCAGUACCACCUUUGCCUACUACAGCGUCCACACUGCCUAAUUUGAAGCAUCAUCAAAAUCAUACCACACCAUCGUACAACAUUCAAGUACAAAAUACUGCAAUGAAUUUAUUUUCACCUGCCACUGAUAGGCAACACCAGGAGUUAGCAGAAACUGGGAAUCUAAUCGACUUGAAUUCGGAUGGCACUGUAUCUUCAUCAACGAAUCUAAAUACAAUGCCUGAGCACAAUUAUGUUAAUGACAGUGUCAUAGCUGCAAACAGAGAUAAUCAUCGUGAUCCAGCAUCACUUUUCGAUGUUUUUGAUAUGCAACCCUUUAGUUCUGCGAUAUCAGAUAUGAAUAGAUUAAGUCCUCGAUCACAAAAACAGCAAUUGAAGCAAGAAAUAUGGUUUCAUGGAAGCGUUAGUCGCUCUGAAGCGGAAUCUAUGCUUACUAGAGAUGGUGAUUUUUUGGUUCGAGAAUCACAAGGUUCUCCUGGUCAAUAUGUUUUAACCGGUAUGAAUAAUGGUACCCCAAAACAUUUAUUGUUAAUUGAUCCUGAAGGUGUUGUACGCACAAAAGAUCGGGUAUUUGAUAGUGUAAGUCAUCUAGUGAAUCAUCACUGUGACAAUAUAUUGCCUAUCAUAUCUGCUGAUAGUGUUUUAGUACUACGUUAUCCUAUUCCCAGGCAAACAAAUUAUUAAUUUUAUAAUAACGAAUAAUUAAGCAUAGACUUGGCAAAGAUUUUCUAAAUAGUUAUUUUGCAUAUCUACAUGUGAGAAUCUUUGGCAAGUCUAAUUUUCGCGCGCACGCGUGCGAUAUUUUUCAAAUCAGUCACUUCACACAAACACAUUUAGAUAUAUAUGUAUAUUGUUUGUAGUAUCUUUCUAUUGUAAAUGAAUAGACGAUUUAUGAAUAUU